GUUUCUUGCAUGUUUUUAAUGUCAAAAUCAGGGACAGCGUUUUAAAUUAUGAUUGAUUGACGGAUGUCUUAAAAACAUGGCGCUUGUGCAAGAUUGAGAAAACAGCAAGAUGCGGCACAGCGGUCAAAGACCUCUGUCUAGCGCAGGGUUUCAUUAAAAAAUAAGCAGAGAAGGUUCUAAAAACCUAGCCCUUCCACUUUCCCAGCCCUGAAAGUGGUGAGAAGGAGUGAUGACCGGAAUAGAAGGCUCAAGUGGACUAACGAGUUUAUUUAUAGUAUUUUUUUGACAUGAGAAAAAAUCACUGCAGAGCUGCAUCAAAACAGCCAGCUCCUUUAUACUUACUCCUUUAUACUUUUAUUUUGUGAUUAUUUGAAUUUUUGUAACAUAAAAAAUAGUUGAAAAGGCUAUUUGACCGGUUGACUCGAGACAACUGCUUCACUCCCUCUCUACUGGUAAACAGCAUCAUGAAUGUAGAUCACACCGGUUUGAUUGUAUGCGUCUGAGCCCAGCCUAGAGUAAUCACACCUGUUUGAUCGUACAUGGGAAAGGGUUAACUACUAAUCUGUUAAGAAUUACCAAUAUAACAGGGUUCCCACGCAUCCUGGAAAACAUGUAAUUUUGCAAUGCAGUUUUCCAGUCAUGGAAAAGUCAUGAAAAUUUGAAAAAUACCUAAAUGUCCUGGAAAAUAUUUUAGUAUAAUAAAAUGGUUUGACUGUGUUGUUAGUACGGUUUUCAUUACAUGUACAAAAGCAUGGUAAAGAUCGGACUUAGAAUAGAGUAAAAUACAUUUGUAUCGGCAGCCUCGCAUUGUGAAACUACGUCAACGAUUAAGAGCGCUUUCAUUCUUGUGAUUUGAUUACAGCAGCGGCCAAUUGUGUGCUUGGCAAUUACGGUCCAACUGAGGCAGAUCGCUUGAUUGGUUAUAGCCACAGCCAAUCGCGUGCUUGGCUACAGCAGCACCUGCACAGUGAAUAUCGGCACUCGUGAAACUUCUCAUUCAUAAGCAAACUUAAUGACCUGGUACAUGUACUGACUGACUGACUGAAUGAGAGGGGCAUGUUGUUUGUUAUUUCAGCAUCGGCAUGCGAGUCCUACCUUUGUUCAUCAUGGAGAGAAAAGGGCAGAAGAGCUAUUAAUGUGUAAAAAUGACUGAUGUUUAUACACGUUGAGGGGCUUUCACGUGACUCACGUCAGCGCUGCAUAAUACACUGAAGUCUGUGAAGUAACGUGUCAGCGCAACCUCGGCUCCAACUUCAUACCAAAAUGUUUUUCACACAUUUUUGCCUCACACAAAUUAUGUCUUUGAGAGUACAAAGCUACAAGAAAUAUUUUAAAACUGUCCAAAUUUAUGAAGAGAUAUUGAAUCUCUCAUAAUUAAUUUUAAUUAUUACCUUAUCGUUUCCGAGUAUCCAGAGACCCCAGUUAUUGAACUACAGUAAUUACAUUCACCAAAAAAACAAAAAACAGCUAAGACCUAAACAUAAACGAGUCCUCUUUUUACUUUCUGCAAUCAAAGCAAUUGCCAUUUUUUCACUUCCAAAUAAAUUUUUUCAAAGUUUAUUGUGCACACCUCCUGCUUUCUGGCGUGGCAAGCUUGUAAAUUCGCCCCUCCAUGACGCUUUCUGCAACGCUUGUCAUGUGGAGGGCAAAGCGCUGCUUGACAGUGGCAUUGAACUGAGUGUUGAUGCCUCGACUCAACUCAUGUGAAAUGCGCUUUACAAUGACCAAAGUACAUUAUUGAAACUCAAAACUAUUAUUAUUAGGCCAUUAUUGUUGUCUUUUCUGAUAAAGUCAUGCUCAGCAGUUUAAAUGCUGUAGGAAAAUGAGUACAUCUGCUUUGUUCUUAUAAUGCUUAAAUACUAUAAAGUCUCUGGGCAGAUUUCGGUCAUGAACAUCUCAAAAUGAUUCAGUGACUCACUCAUUGCACAUAAGACCAAGUGGCAUCUCCAGAAGUGGUCACUGAACUAAUCAAUUAAUGAAACUGAACAAAUUUGUGAAACAGAAGCAAGCCACACCAAAAUAACCUUUAUUUUUGCAGCUAAUUCUGCACAGUUGUGCAGCUAAUUUGCUAUUCUUGAAUCAUUAAAAUAACUUAAGUUGGUGCUUUUAGCUUAUUCUAAAAAUAACUACGGAAAACAUGUUCGUGGAUCAGUGAUUCUCACUUUUUUUCACCCCUCAUGAGUUUUCAUCCCUGCGAGUUAUAAACUUUAGACAAUGAUGACAGUCGGACUACUGAUUUAUUUAUGAAUUCACACUGGGUUGGUAGCAUGGUGAUUCAGCCAUAAUACCUCAGGAUGUGAAUACAUUUUCAAUAAUUCAACAAUCAGAAUCUGCUUAUACUGCGGAAAUAUCCUGGAAAAUUGUGCCUUGAAAAGGGUGGGAACCUUGUAUAAUGAUUCUGGCAAAUGGAAGUAUAAAGUGUCAUCAAUAUAAUUUUUUGUUUAUUAGUUGCUCAUAAAGGUGAUCAAUUACUCAGGACUGAUGUUGUUUGGUGCUGCCUGUAAGCUUAACUUAAAAACAUAACUUACAAAAGGUUUAUCAGAGAAGGUGUCCUGUGUUGGGUAUCGAGCAUCUUUUUGUUUCAGAAUUCAGUAGUAAUUCCUUAACAGUUACACAAAAAACUGACCUCUGACUGUGCCCCUACAUUUUUGACUGUGCCCCUCAAAUUUUUUACUUGGGGGCACUAGUUUUCCAAAACAAAAAUUAUAGUGUAGAGCCCUUUUCAAGGGGCAGUGGUGAUACUUAGAGAGCAGGGUGUCUGAUGGACAGUAUAUUGCGAGAUGGUAAAUGAACUUCCUAAAAUUAAACCCAUUUUUUACAUUUUUAGAUUUAUUUAUUUUUCCUAUUCACCUUAUCCAUAUACAAAGUUUUCUGUUGAUUUUGUAGAUUAACACAUUGGAAAAUCUUUGUUACUUAUGUAACCUUGGUUGCCUGAAAGGAGGGAACAAUAUGCUGUGUCAGCAGCUGACACUAAGGGAGCUCAUGUCAGGGAGCAGGACUUUGAAGCCGUAUAACAUCAAGCCAAUUAGAUUGGCUGGUGAAGCUUAGCCCUCGGCCUAUGCUGACGUUAUUGUGAGUGGAAAAGACUAAAAAGCGGAAGCCAGCAUCACAUCAUCAGAACUGUCCAACUGAAGGGAAAGAGAUAACAUCUCUCGUCCCAUAACAGCGAAAAAUCAGCAGUUGCAUCAAAGCUUUGCAGAGUCUCUUUCCCUAAUUUCAGGGAACUAAGGUUAUGCAAGUAACCGAGACGUUCCCUUUCAAGAAGGCGACUUCAACGCUGCAACAGAAGCUGAUGGUUAAGGAGCCAUAUACCAUCAUGCUGGGUAGUGGAGCAAUGUUUCAACACAGGAGUAAUUGAUUGAAACGGCCUGAAGGUUCCCAAUAGGUCUGACUGAUGCCAAAGUGAGUAGUGGAACAGUCUGAAGUAAGAGUAUGUGUAAGCUUACCACCUCUAGUGGCUCAAAGCAGGGGGGACACGUAAGCGUGUUUAAUACUGCUGGCAAGUCCCAGACUGGGAUAGUCGUGGGGCCGGAAGGUUUCGGACGCCUAACACCUUGCAAGAAUCUUCUGAUCGGAGGGUGUUUAUGCAUAUUUGUAUCCCGAUGGCCAUUUGUGAGCCAAGGUAUCCAAACAUUGUGGAGCUUAUGUUGUCAUGAAGUACUAGAGGCAACAAUGUGUGGUCUCCGGUGAGGCAAACGGGUCCAACCUUGGCAACCGCAAGAGUAAAUCUGCUCCACUGUUUAGUUGGCCAAGGAUGUGCAUGGCCACGACUACUAUGUUGUCAGAGCAGAUCUGUAUGUGGAUUAUCGAAAAGCUUUCAGAACCAAGAGGACUGCUAGCAGUUCUAGACGAUUAUGCGCCACCCCGCUUGUGCACCUGUGCUCAUACAAGGCUCCUUUUUUGGAUGUGUCCUUGGAGACAACUUUGCAUCUGCCUAUCUUGGAUUGUCAUUUCUUUCCAAUAAAAAUCGGCCUCUUCCAGAAAGUUAGCGUGGGUAGACAGCGACAUGUCACUAGAAGUAGGUGGUGACCAUGUUGGCAGGCAUGAUGAGGGACCCUCGGCUUAAAGGAAUAUUCCAGGUUCAAUACAAGUUAAGCUCAAUCGACAGCAUUUGUGGCAUAAUGUUGCUUACCACAAAAGUUUAUUUUGAUUCGUUACUCCUUUAUAAAAAAGCAAAAAUCGAGGUUAUAGUGAGGCAUUUAGAAUGGAAGUAAAUGUGACCAAUUUUUGGAGGGUUUAAAGGCAGAAAUGUGAAGCUUAUAAUUUUAUAAAUGCAGUUUAAUUCUUCUGUUAAAACUCGUAUUAUUUGAGCUGUAAAGUUGUUUACAUGGACAUUUUUAGUAAUUUUAAGGUUUUAGGGUUUUAAUAUGCAAUUUUUAGCACACUAAAAUUGCAUAUUGUUUGUCGUGUCGCUAUACUUUUUCAAAAGUAUUUUAACUUUCAAAAAUUGCCAACCAUUCACUUCCACUUGCAAUGGCAAUGUCUCUCUUAACUUGAAUUCCUUCAUAUGUAGGAGAAUGGACUGAAUGCGUUCAUUGGUCAAACAAGCUGACAUGGCUACCAAGUCAAGUUUCCUUCCCAGGAGGGAAACUUGCUGACUGGGUACCAACUUUUUGACCCAAUUGACCCCGAGUCCCAACUGUUCCAAACUGAAGCAUCCUGCGAAGACUUUGCCAUGCCUCCAGAUAGUGAGUCAGGGGACACAGAGGUUGAUCUGUAACCAGUGUGGUCAGAGUACCGCCUGCCCUCAGGGAACGGUCGUUAAGGAUAAAAUACACACCAAGGAUUCCAGAUCCACACAUCCCUGUGGUGGCUUGUAAUAUUGUGCAGCAAAUGAUUAGUCAGUUAGCCACAUAUUAUACCUCAAGAAACAACUGCUCUCAGGACUUCCUUCAAAACAAUGGAAAAAUGGACCAAAGCCUUCUGAAAGCAAGCUGUGUCACAUCAUCUAGUGUUGUCGAUACAGCUACUACUGCUGCUUCUCCUCAGAGCUUCGUCAUUAACAAGUUCAUCAUGGCGGACCAGGAUGCCCCACUGGACCUCUCGCUGAAGAAGGUCAAAGUAGAGAACUUGGAACAAGAUGGAGUUCUUGACCUUUCAACUAAGAAGUAUUUCAACAAAGGACAUACGUCAUCUUUCAGGAAUUCUCAUGGACAUGUCAGUCCUGUUGCACAUUUGGUCAAAAGGGACCCUGAUGAUGUGAGCCUUGCCCGAGUAAAUCUACAGUCGGCCUCCACUUUAGAACAGUUCAUGUCUAAGUUGUGUUUGCAUCACCAGCGCCAAAUAGUUGAUGCAUUGGGGUUCUUGCAGUCUGAAGUCAAGACUGUGGCCACAUCCAGCAAUUUUCAAGCACUUUCACCUGCUCCAGCUUUGUCAGAGGAGCAAACAACAACCACCUGUAGUCGUGUAUCAUUUGAAGCAAGGUCUGAGAUUCAGUGGUCUGAGAGAACAUGCUCUAUGGACGAUGCUGUGAGCAUUACUAGAACUCAAGAAUCCUCUGUUGUCAGGUCAAGUGAAGAGGAUAAUGGAGAGGUUUUGAAUGCUGAUGUUUCCAGUAUUGCACCUGUAAUGACCGAAAUGCCAGAAGACAUUCACAACUUGAGUGUUGGAGUUUUGUCUUCUUGUAGAACAGCUUUUGAGGGUGGAAAUGUAAGUACUCCUCCUAAAUUUCAAAGUCUUUUCAUCAUGAAAAAGACAACAUCUGAUCAUAUAGGACCAAAAAAGGUGUUAGGCUCAAACGUUCAACGUGUUGGUACUGACACUGUAAAGAAAUGCCCAUGCACUGCUGGGAGAUGCUUACCAGCAUGUACUGCAGAGUCUGAUCAGGCUGAUCUCUCUUUAAAGUGCACACAGAAUUGCUCGUUAUUACAAAACAUGGAUGUUGUUUUAAAGCCCCCAGCAAUUCAAAGGACAUCUACUGUAGAUUUACCAGUAUCUCCAAGAACAGCCAGGAAAAGCAGAAAUGGUUCCUGCCUUCGGCAAAGGAAUGCCGCUUCAAGUUAUAUCCUAAAUGAGCCUGAUUGUGACUUGGUGUACAUUAGAAAAUCAAUAACUGAAUGUCAGCCUCAAUCACACAAUCGACUGCAUCCACGACAAAAUGCCCGGAAGAGCAUAAGGGGUCAUAAGUACAUUGAGGAGUACUUGGAACUAAAAACUGUCCGUACGUUAGCUCUUAAGUCUGUCAGUAAUGCCAGUGGGAAUUGUCCAGCUCUUGUGCCAGUUGUGCAUACUUCAGUCACUCCAAAGCAGUCCCUCUCCAAGCUCGACAGUGUUCCUCUCAUGAAUGCACCAAUUGCAGGGGAUUGCAUGAAAAGUGUUAUUCAGAGUCUAUCAUCAGAGCAAAUACCGGAGAAUGAAAUGCCAGGAGAUGUUGUAAAUGUAACCAGUCAAGGUCUGAUGGUUGAAACCACUCAAACUAGUAUAAUUGAAAGGAAUUACCAAAUUUGCCAUGAACUUGAAAUUAAACAGAGUGAAUUAACCAUGAAACAAGAUUUGAUCACAGAUGCACUCAGUUGUGCUCCAAAUACAAUUGUGAAUGAAAAACCUAAGGAUGUGGUAGAAGUCAUAGAAACCACUGAAACAACGGAACUCAUUGUACAGAAGGAAGGGAGUGGUUCUCAAAUUGGACACUUGUCGAAAGAGUUGGUAUGUGGUUUAGAAAAUAAGGCUGAGUGUCAGGAUAAAUCCAUUGAGCCAUCACAGAGUCACUCCGUAUCACCUAAUAUAGCCAAAGAUGAUUUUACCUUUGAAUUCAAUGUGGAACCAACAAAUUACUUGAAUCAAAACCUCUCAAAAGGAAAGAUUGUGCCAGAUAUCCAGGAACAAUCAGAGGCAAUUGAAGUUAAGGCAAAUGCUGAGGAGGAUAGAGGUGCCCAAGAACAAAUUUUGCAUGAUAUUGAAGACAAUAACGGUGCUCAAGAGCAAGUUUUGCAUGAUGUUGAAAUUAAUCUCAAAACGGCGAAUACUUACAAACUACCAAUGAAGAGUCAAGGGGAUUCAGAGGAGUCCAUUUUGAUGGAAGUCACUGCUGCACAACCACUUUUAAAAUGUAGUGAGAAGGAUAUGGCUAUGCAUACUCAAAAAGAUUUGGAUGCAAAAAUGGUGCUUGCGAAACAGGCCGUGUCCUCCGACAGAUGCUUGCGUAGUAGAGGUUCAAAAGGCAGUGUUGAUUUAGUAAAAGACUAUGUUAAGUGUGGUGCAUCAGAACUUGUUAACUCAAAGAUGACACAAUCCAAUGAUGAAAGCACCAAGACUCCUUUGGUUAAACAGCCUCUGAAUUCUAUUGAAACAAAUGUGCAUUCUGAGGUUGAGCAUGAUUUGAAAACUUCAGAAUUUCUUGAAACAGGAGCCAAACCUAGUAAUAGACUGGUUGUGAAUCAUACAGUUAAAACAAAACAAAAACAAAAAUCAAGAUCAGUUGUUGAGAAAGAUGAGCAUCAGAGUCUAAACCUUAAAAUUAACAAUGAUGACAAAGUAACAAUUAUUUCACCUGAGGUUGUUCCAGAGACCGUUAGCAUCACCUCCACUAUCGAGAGUGGACAAAUGCACAAAGGCUCUGAAAGCUCUGAAAAAAUGGCACUUAGAAGUAGUCGUAAUGAACUUUCCGUUAGUAGAGAUGACGACUCACCCAUCAAAAAGUUUCCACCAAGCUCUGAAAAUAUGCUGUUGAGAAGUAGAAGUAAUAUUGAACAACCAUGUAGUAGCGAAUUAAGCAAUCCAGGAGGUCAUCCGGAGCACCAAGGGCAGAUGCCUUUAAAAAAUUAUAUCUGUACAAGUGAACAGGCAACCAACAAAGAUUUGUGCACAUCUCCUAAAGAAAAUACUUCUGAGAGUGUGAUGCGUAUGCCAUCAAGAAGCAGGACCAGUAGCACAAUUAAACAGACUGUUACUAGAGAUUCCCCUGUUAAAAGUUCUAUAAAACGUUCCAGUUCAAGUGUCUUCAGUGAACAACCUAUCAGUUCACACUCCAAUACUACCUGUAGAAAAACAGAGACUGUAUGUCAUAUGCCCUUAAGAAGUGGUUCCAAUUCAACUGCAGAAAUGCCCCCUAAAAGGAAAUCUGCUGUUGUAGAUGCAUUAGAAAGCCCUGGGCGUAUGUUGUUGAGAAGAGGCAACGUAUCUGUCACUGAAAAGCCUUUCCACUCUGCAACACCAUCUAGUAAUAAUAAACGUCCUCCAAGACAACAGAGAGUGUUGGCAGACCAAAUCCAAACUCAGAAGAAUAUGGAGGCCCAAAUAAGAAACUCUUUAAAUUUGCCUGUUGAAUCGCUCUGCAUAGCUAGUCUUCCACGAACUGAACCUGUUGUUUGUAGUCCCCCCAAGUUUUUGGAAGCUCUAAAGGGAGAAGAACACCAGCAGUUAAUUUCCAAUUUAAAUGCAAAGUUUGAUAAAAUGCAGAAAGGUUGGGUUCAAAUGGACAAGGAGGGUCAGCCUGCACCAAAACACAAAAACAAGGCAGACAGACUUAAAGAAAUCUGGAAAAGCAAACGCAGAAUACGAAAGUCAAGGCCAUCUGAGCAACAGAAAUUCUCUCCUGUGCAAAUGCUAUUCAUGAAGCCCUUUGACUUGCCCAGUAUAUGCAGAUGGUUCUUGCAAUCAACUGAAACAAAAUCACUUGUCAUUGUUAAGAAGGUGAACACUAGACUACCUUCUGAAACACAGUUGUGUUUUCAGUCAGCAAGAACAGGGUCCUCUAAUGGGAUAUUUCCAAGUCUGCAGGCUGAACGGUUAAAAAAGCAUCUGAAAAAGUUUGCUAUUGCAUCACCUGUGAAAAAUAACCCUAAGAAUCAAAGGCUAAUAUCAAAAGCUUUAGGUCGGGAUAUCGCUGCGAUGAGGAGUAAAGAAAAACAUAAACCAACUACUGCCACAAGAAUCUCUACAAAAGCACAGAGUAUUGCAGGAGUGACGACAGCACAGGCUCCUGAGAACCUUGGCACAAUCACAGGCAAUAUGAAAAAUCCAGCAAGUGCUAGAAUUCUUAGAAAAUAUUCUAACAUGCGUGAGAAGCUUCAGGUUCAGCAAAGUAAAAAAUGCAAAGAAAAAACAUUCAAAGGCACUCGUUUUAAAACAUCAAUAAUUCAAAAGAAAGCCACCAAACAGAAAUUGCCGACACGUAAAGGAGCAAAGUCUGCGAUUGUCCAGAGCUUCAAGUCCUUGACCAAAAAGGCAAAAACAAUCUCCUCUACACUUAAAGAACAGUCUCCUAAAAGAAACCCAGGUCACAAAGAUGGUACCUCACCAAAAAGGUUGCAGGCACUCGCGAAAGUGACGAAAGCCAAGAAUGAACAUGCCUCGACAAAUGCUUCAAGUAAAAAAGAGGCAUUGAUCAAAUCUGGAACUGAUAAGGCACAGCAAGCGAAAGCAAGUGGGACUAAGGUUGACGUAAAGAAAUCGGUGCUCAAUAAAGGUCCUAAUAGUUUGGAACCACAAUCACUAGGUGUGAACAUGAAGCCUCUGUCACUGGAAGAUCAAGUGUUAACUAGGUCUCAAAGAAAGAUGGAAGCCACACCUUCACACUCUGGGUCCACCAAAUCCUUCAAAAAGCGAUCCUUGGAACCAUUGGUCACUCCAACAAAACGAACAAGGACUUCAAAAUCAUGAAAAAUGUGCACAGGUUCUAGAUUAUCUUGACACUCGUGUGGAAAUGUUUCUCGAAGAUGUAGGAGAGAACAAGGGGUGAUGAUGCUUUUCCAAACUGUUACUUUUUUUGAAAGGACAAAUUAUAUUUGAAGAUUUAUUUAUUUUUUUAAGCUUACGUGAGCAUUUUCAGAGCUUUGAAUAUAUUAUCAACUGAGAGAGAUUGGUCUUUGUUAGCUAGUUUUGUCAAAUACAUUUUCCAGUUAUUCCUCUUUUUAGUGUCAAUCUUUUCAAAUAUGCUCUAAGAAAUAUAUUUGGUUAUUAUAAAAAUGAUCUAGCUGUGGUUCUUUUGUUUCUUGAUGAAGCCAUUCAUGUAAUAAAAGAUGUAAAAAAUAAAGUUUCAGAUUCCCAUUGAUGGGGCAUAAA